ACCCUGCUACACUAUUAUUAUAAUGCUGCAGUUCCUGUACUGGGACAACCCCACCCAUAAAGAAAGCAAGUCUUUCAUUAAUGAUGCCUGUGGUCCAAAAGCUCCGAUGUGUAUGUAUGUGCAGUGUUUGUGGUAGUCUGGAGCAGUGCAUACAUCAGCAGCCCAUCAGGGAUAGACGAGAAUGUCCUGCUAGCAAGGAAAGAGAGGACUUUGGAAGUAAACUCAACAUUUCUACUAAACUGAGGACAGGGAGUAAACUUUGCCACGCUCAGCUAUUUUCUCUCCUACUGUAACAUGGAUACAGAUGUGGAAUACUUCUGCUUUUAAACCUGCCAGCUUGGGAUGAUGAAGGACACGGAACAUACAAGUCCCAUGCAAACUAAUUGAAGCUGGAAUAGCUUGGAAAACUUUAUCCUUCGGAAAAAAGUUAAGUUCUUCUAGCUCAAGUCGGUCUGACUCGUUAAGUGCACAACUGCAGCAUGAAGUGAAGAUGGAAAUCUGAGUUUGAUCAUGGGGAUCCAUGCUUGGUCACAUCACUAUGUUGCCUAGAAGGGGUUUAAGAGAGGUGGUGGAGUAGAGGACAUGGGCUGGAGACGCAGGUAUUGCCCUAGUCCUUUAUUUAUAGCUAUUAUUGUGGCAUUAUGUGUCUUCUAUCAGUGCCUCUCUGUGUUUUGGAAAAGAACACCAUGGAGCAAGGAAUGUGACAUUAGGAGAGGUUUUGGUCUCCUGGAGGUGGCCAAACAGAACAAGGAAUGUCUCUGUACGUGGAAUAGCGUAGUUACAAAGAUAACGGAUUAUGAAGACAGAUUUAAAAAGAAACUAUUUUCUAAUGCCAAGAGAAGAGUUCUACUGCAUUUGUAUCACUCAAUUGGGAUUGAAGAGUUUCCCCUGUACAAGCGUGUCCUAACAAAACUGGGGUACAUAGUCCACCAGUUUGCAGAAAUUGACAACAUCAAAGCAUUUAUUACUCACAAGCAAAAGCCUAUGGGAAGAGACGCUCUUAUGUACAUCCCUUCAAAUGAAAGUAUGGAGGCAAACUGCAAGGAAAAGCUGGAACUUGUUGAAUUUGUGCAAUUAAAUAAGGAGAACCUACUGCCACAAAUGCAGCAGAUAUUAUGCAUAAAAGAUGAGAUUUGUCGGCUGGCGGCACACUUCCCAGAACUGCAGGAUCUCUCAGUUUGUGCACAUUAUCCUGAAGGAUCAUGGGAAAGAAAGAUAACCACAGCUAUUUUCAUGUCAGACAACAGCAAAAACAAGUAUCAAUACCUAACCACUCAGGGCAUAAACCAGCUACUGGCGAGUCCGUAUCGAAAUGUGUACCAUCAUCGUGACCAUCGCCCAUUUCAAGACUUUCCAGUGAUUAGGACAUUUGUAGUCAUCACAUCUCUAUCACCACUUCGUGCUUUUCUUCACUCCAUGGCAAUGGUUCAGGCUGAGCCGAAGAAACAAUUUGUUCCAUUGCAGCUUCAGAAGUUUUAUCGACAAUUCUUCAAGUCAGAAUCUCCAUUACAAGACCUUAACGCCUUAAAGGAGAUGAUCAGCAAAUUGUUGCUCACCUUGGAGGUGAUAAGUGAAGCAGGACAAAAUUCACUAAACAGGUGCAGUGAAUGCUUUCAGCUCUUAACUUUUGACAUUGGAUACAGCAGUGCCUCUCCUCCUUCCGUGCUUGAGGUGAAAGAGCAACUUAUGUUGAAUGAUCUAAGUGUGGAUGGCUACACUACUAUGGAAACCAUAUUAGAAGAUAUAUUUAACUUUUUAUUACGCAACCACUCAUCUGGUAUUUUAGAAGCAAUAGAAAAAGUACAAAAUUGUCUUUCUCUGAAAAAUCCUUGCUGGAUGGACUCCAUUCUUGAAUUUACAUGGGAACAAAUGGAUAACUUAUGGUCUAUACUGCAGGAGCAAACAAAACUGGGAAGGUUUGAGAUGGUUUAUCCUUCCAAUUCUGCACAAAUAAAAGCAUUAAGACGUAACCUUUACUACAGAGCUGGCUAUAGGGAAAAUCUCGGAUCAGUCUUGGCAGUACAUGAUCUUCUGCCUGAGUUAUGUGAAUGUCUGCAAUCCGUAGAAGAAAUUAAUUUGAGAAACAGGUAUGUGAAAGAGCAACUUAUGUUGAAUGAUCUAAGUGUGGAUGGCUACACUACUAUGGAAACCAUAUUAGAAGAUAUAUUUAACUUUUUAUUACGCAACCACUCAUCUGGUAUUUUAGAAGCAAUAGAAAAAGUACAAAAUUGUCUUUCUCUGAAAAAUCCUUGCUGGAUGGACUCCAUUCUUGAAUUUACAUGGGAACAAAUGGAUAACUUAUGGUCUAUACUGCAGGAGCAAACAAAACUGGGAAGGUUUGAGAUGGUUUAUCCUUCCAAUUCUGCACAAAUAAAAGCAUUAAGACGUAACCUUUACUACAGAGCUGGCUAUAGGGAAAAUCUCGGAUCAGUCUUGGCAGUACAUGAUCUUCUGCCUGAGUUAUGUGAAUGUCUGCAAUCCGUAGAAGAAAUUAAUUUGAGAAACAGAGAAAAAAUUCAAGACAAAGAAGAGAAUGAAUUGUCUGGGGUUUCAGGACGAGAUAUCAGGGAAUCAGUGACAAGAAAGUGGAUGAACUGCAGUGAUGAUAAUGAUACACUAUCUUACAUCAGUCGUAUCUUCAGCAAUCCUUCUCUGGACCUGACUCCUGAAUUCAACCCAAAGAUCAAAGACUACUAUGCAGAGCUGCCAUUUGAUGUAGUGACAGUGGAAAUUGGAGCAGAGCCGAUAAACUGCAAAAGCCAAGUGCACCUGGAUGACAAGAAUGGACCACGAGUUGCAAAAUACCCACUUGGACUUGGAACAAAUCAGAUCACUUUACAUGUUACAGAUGGAUCUUCAAAAACACCAGUAUUAUUAAGGAGCUAUAGAAUUAAUAUUUAUCGGGAAGAUCGUCCAAGUCUGCCUUUAUAUGACCACUACAAAAUGUGUGGCUUUCUACAGGACUGUGGUUUGAUUAUUUAUGCGGAGGAGCCAUGUGGGUUACAGGCCAUUCCAAAUGAAACAUUUUCUGUGCUUUCUUAUGCAUCUCAAAGAAAGUGUGAGACUGGAGAUGCUAAAGGUUAUUGGUUGGUUCCUUGUUUGAGCUGCUCGGACAAUCGGACAUGUGACUGGAGGGCAAUAUCAUGGCAGCCGUAUCAAUGUUACCAUCCGGUUUUACAGAAUCAUGAGCUACAGCAGUGUCUGGCAGAUAGAAAGAUUAUUUUCAUUGGAGAUUCCACAAACAGAGGGAUGAUGUAUUAUCUGAUGGAAAGGGUAAAUGGAAGCCUACAAGAGUGGCAGAAGACCCAUGACUUGAAGCUCUUUAAUAAUAUAAAUGGUGGAAGGACAAGUAUAAGUUACUCCUACUACCCACAGUUCUGGAUCGAAAUCAGAAAACGACCAACUUUUGAAGAAGCACUGAUGCGACUCAUUAAAAGAUCACGUCCUCUCCAGAACACAAAUCAGACCACACUUGUUGUAGGUGGAGUGCAAUGGCUGAACCCGGAUCAUCUGCAGAUCAUUCAGAGAGUAUUGAAGAGAGAAAACCUGUUGGAUAUAUUGGUAAUUAUAAAGUCUAUUGGGAUGGGUUUUCAUCUUCCAGUGCAUGGAAUCCGUUCACUGUCACCAGUCCAGGUGAGCCAUUUAUCUGAUGAAAAUAGUCUGAUCCUGAAGACAGCUAAACUAUAUGGCUAUCAAGUAGUCGACACAUUUAGUAUUACUAUGGGACGCUACAAAGAAUUCCUGCAAGGGAAAUGUGGAUGUCACUUUCAUGAGGUUGUGAAAUCCAAGCAUGUAAAAGAAAAGAAAAUCAAAUUAUUAAAGAACUAUACAUUUGGAGGCAAAAUAUUCCCCCAUGUUUAUGGCAAUUUGUCAUAUUUAAAAUCGCUGUAUCAUGUUCAAGGUCCAGUGAAUCAGGUUUAUUCUGAAAUCCUCCUCAGCAGAAUGUGUACAUGAUGAAGAAAGGACAAGCAUGAACCUUCCUCUGCAGGACACUUCCAUCACAGACUGGAUAGACCUCAUCCCCUGGAUGUCUUCACUAUCACUCUCCGUCCAACCUCUGCAGUUAGGAGGUCUCAUGAUUAAAAAUUAUUACUUAUGUUUGAUGGAAAUCUGCUCCAUCCGUCGAAUGUUUAUGCUUCAAAAUACAAUAUAAAAGGGAAUCUGUCAGCAGUUUUAUGCUGCUAUAUUAGGGUAGCAUAAAUUGGUAACAGAUGGCCUGAGCAAAAUGCUGGGUCACUUUAUUGAAUUCACCCAGCCAUUUUGUUAAAAUGUGUAUUGAACAGCUUGAGCAUGACCGAGCACUGGAGUCGACUCAAUACAGAGCAUGAGCUAGGAUGUUCCUCACACUCAUGAGCUAGGUGUUCCUCACGCUCAUUAGCUAGGUGCUCCUCACGCUCAUGAGCUCUCGGCUCUCCUCUCCUGCCACUGAUUUCUGGGGUAAGAGAGCUGUCAAUAAGCGGCAGAGAUAUGGGGGAAAACUGGGACCUUUAAGAACAGUGAUGGUCAGUUUGCAGUGUUCGCCAGCGAACACAUGCGGGCUGCCAUCUUUAGUAAGGUAGA